AUGACUGGGCUCAGGUCUCGUCUCUCCGCACAAGACAGCAUCCUGGACAUUGUCAGUGCAGUGCAGCAUGCAGCAGCUAACCGUACGUCUACCGUGGCGGCGUUCUUCGACAUCCAGGCCACCUUCGACAAUGUGAAACCGGCAUCAGCCUUGGCCCAACUAACCACUCCGGGUGUCACGGGAAGAGUUCAGGGCGUCCUCGAGGGUUUCCUCUCAAACCGAUCGAUCCAAGUCAAACUCGGCAACACACUCAACCAAUUAACACCUGUGCACCUUGGUCUACCUCAGGGCAACGUUCUGUCGCCUCUACGUUUUAACAUCGCCACCGCGGGCCUCCCAGCCGCUCUUCCCAACUCAAAGAUCCCGAUUGGCAUCUCCAUGUACGCGGACGUCUUAUGCACCUGGGUCUCUGGCUUCCGGCACCCGAGCUUAAGGGUCAUAAUGCAAUCUGCCAUAAACAUGAUCCAGGCCUUCCUUUAG